AUGACAAAACGGCAUUCCACCAUGGAUGGACUUGUGAUCCGCGACAUUCACGAGUUGCUGGAAGGCCGGGGUCCUGAGACCGGCAUGCAUCCAAAAAGGAUGCGCAUGUGGCAUACACCAUCUCCAUCGGUUGCAACACCACCAUCAGCAUCGGUUGCAACACCACCAUCAGCAUCGGUUGCAACACCACCAUCAGCAUCGGUUGCAACACCACCAUCAGCAUCGGUUGCAACACCACCAUCAGCAUGGGUUGCGAUACCACCAUCAGCAUGGGUUGCAAUACCACCAUCAGCAUGGGUUGCAAUACCACCAUCAGCUUCGGUUGCAACACCACUAUCAGCAUCUUUUGCAACACCAACAUCAGCAUCGGUUGAAACACCACCAUCAGCAUGGGUUGCAAUACCACCAUCAGUAUGGGAUGCAAUAUCACCAUCAGCUUCGGUUGCAACACCACCAUCAGCUUCAGUUGCAACACCACCAUCAGCAUCGAUUGCAACACCACCAACAGUAUUGAUUGCAACACCACCAUCAGCAUUGAUUGCAAUACCACCAUCAGCAUUGGUUGCAACACCACCAUCAGCAUCGGUUGCAACACCACCAUCAGCAUCGGUUGCAACACCACCAACAGUAUUGAUUGCAACACCACUAUCAGCAUCGUUUGCAACACCAACAUCAGCAUCGGUUACAACACCACCAUCAGCAUCGGUUGCAACACCACCAACAGUAUUGAUUGCAACACCACCAUCAGCAUUGAUUGCAAUACCACCAUCAGCAUUGGUUGCAACACCAUCAUCAGCAUCGGUUGCAACACCACCAUCAGCAUCGGUUGCAACACCACCAACAGUAUUGAUUGCAACACCACUAUCAGCAUCAUCAGCAUCGGUUGUAAUACCACUAUCAGCAUCAGUUGCAACAUCACCAUUAGCAUCGGUUCCAACACCAUCAUCAGCAUCGGUUGCAACACCACCAUCAGCAUCGGUUGCAACACCACCAUCAGCAUCGGUUGCAACACCACCAUCAGCAUCGGUUGCAACACCACCAUCAGCAUUGGUUGCAUCACCACCAUCAGUAUUGGUUGCAACACCACCAUCAGCAUCGGUUGCAACACUAACUUCAGCAUCAGUUGCAACACCAACUUCAGCAUCGGUUGCAACACCAUCAUCUUCAUCAUGUUCGGUGCCUUCAACUUCAAAGUUUGUGUUUCGCCCUCGGCACUUGCGAGAUGAGGAUGUCACCUACCUCAACAAUUAUGGAAGUGAAAAAGACUCUGACGAGAGUGAUGAAGAUGACGCCAUAGUGUUUACUGGUAUUCCAAGGGUUUUUCGGACUACCAUGGAGACGCCCAUGGACCAGGACGACUAUGGUACCGGAGACCCCGCGCUGGCCGCAGACCCAGUGCCUCCCAAGGAUCUGGAGAAAGAGGAUAAAAGGAUAAGGCUAUGGAAGGAGAAGGGAUAUGGA